AUGGCCAUGGAUGAGUAUUUGUGGAUGGUCAUUUUGGGUUUUAUCAUAGCUUUUAUCUUGGCAUUUUCCGUUGGUGCAAAUGAUGUUGCCAAUUCAUUUGGUACUGCUGUGGGCUCUGGCGUGGUGACCUUGAGGCAGGCAUGCAUUUUGGCUUCAAUAUUUGAAACCACCGGCUCAGUGUUAUUGGGAGCCAAAGUAGGAGAGACCAUUCGAAAAGGUAUCAUUGAUGUGAACCUAUACAACGAGACAGUAGAAACACUAAUGGCUGGGGAAGUUAGUGCAAUGGUUGGCUCAGCUGUUUGGCAGCUCAUUGCAUCCUUCCUGAGACUUCCAAUCUCAGGAACUCAUUGCAUCGUUGGUUCUACUAUAGGAUUCUCACUUGUUGCAAUUGGUACACAAGGUGUGCAGUGGAUGGAGCUUGUCAAGAUUGUUGCUUCCUGGUUUAUAUCCCCACUGUUGUCUGGUUUCAUGUCUGGCGUGCUGUUUAUACUGAUCAGAAUUUUCAUCUUAAAAAAGGAGGACCCUGUUCCCAAUGGCCUCCGGGCACUUCCAGUGUUCUAUGCUGCUACAAUAGCAAUAAACGUAUUUUCCAUCAUGUACACAGGAGCACCAGUGCUUGGUCUGGUCCUUCCCAUAUGGGCAAUAGCACUCAUCUCCUUUGGUGUUGCACUGCUGUUUGCCCUUUUUGUAUGGCUCUUUGUGUGUCCAUGGAUGCGGAGGAAAAUAGCAGGCAAAUUACAAAAAGAAGCUGCUUUAUCGCGAGUUUCUGACGAAAGCCUCAGUAAAAUUCAGGAAGUGGAGUCCCCAGUAUUUAAAGAGCUACCAGGUGCCAAGGCUAAUGACGACAGCACUGUCCCUCUCACGGGCUCAGCUGGGGAGCCAUCUGGAACCUCUGAAGGCACAUCAGUGGGAAACCACCCCCGGGCCUCCUAUGGAAGGGCACUUUCCAUGACUCACGGCUCUGCAAAAUCACCCGUCUCCAACGGCACCUUCGGCUUUGACGGCCACACGAGGAGUGACGGGCACGUGUACCACACGGUGCACAAAGACUCGGGGCUCUACAAAGACUUGCUGCACAGGAUUCACUCAGACAGGGGCCCCGAGGAGAGGCCCGCACAGGAGAACAACUACCGAUUUCUGCGGCGAAAUAACAGUUACACAUGCUACACGGCAGCCAUCUGUGGAAUGCCUGUCCACUCGACCUUCAAAGCUGCUGACUCGUCAUCUGCGCCAGAGGACAGCGAGAAGCUGGUGGGGGACGCCGUGUCCUAUUCUAAAAAGAGGCUUCGCUAUGACAGCUACUCAAGCUACUGCAAUGCGGUAGCAGAAGCUGAGAUAGAGGCCGAUGAGGGAGGUGUGGAAAUGAAGCUGGCAUCUGAGCUGACGGAUCCUGACCAGCCCCGAGACGACCCUGCAGAAGAGGAGAAGGAGGAGAAGGACACAGCCGAGGUCCACCUCCUGUUCCAUUUCCUGCAAGUCCUUACUGCCUGUUUUGGAUCCUUUGCUCAUGGUGGCAAUGACGUGAGUAAUGCCAUUGGUCCCCUGGUAGCUUUGUGGCUGAUUUACGAGCAAGGUGCAGUCCUGCAGGAAGCAGUUACCCCCGUCUGGCUGCUGUUUUAUGGAGGAGUUGGAAUUUGUACGGGUCUGUGGGUCUGGGGGAGAAGAGUGAUCCAGACCAUGGGGAAGGACCUCACCCCCAUCACACCAUCGAGCGGCUUCACCAUUGAGCUGGCCUCCGCGUUCACGGUGGUGAUCGCCUCCAACAUCGGACUUCCUGUCAGCACCACACACUGCAAGGUGGGGUCCGUGGUGGCCGUGGGCUGGAUCCGCUCCCGGAAAGCCGUGGACUGGCGCCUCUUCCGGAACAUCUUUGUGGCCUGGUUUGUGACUGUCCCCGUGGCCGGGUUGUUCAGUGCUGCUAUCAUGGCUCUUCUCAUGUACGGGAUUCUUCCAUAUGUGUGA